ACUUUUCCUUUAACUAGAUGAAUGUCAGUCGAUGUAAAGUUCUGUGUUUGCGCUCCAGAGGCUGCGACAGUUGCACCGAGUGGUUCCACGGUCAAUGUGUUGGCAUUUCCGAGAGGGCGGCCAAAGCCAUCAGAGUUUGGUUCUGUCCGUCCUGCAGAGACAAAGACUCUUCUCUGGAGAUCAAAUACCGGCAGAAGAAGAACAAAGAGGCGGACCCUGAGAGAGACGAACGACCCGAUGGAGAGAGAGGCUCCACCCCCCAGCCCAAAAUCGACAGGAGGCGGGGUUCGCAGAUCAAGCGCUCGGCCCGGAUGUGCGGAGAAUGUGACGCCUGUCUGAGAACGGAGGACUGCGCUCAGUGUGAUUUCUGCAAAGACAUGAAGAAGUUUGGAGGUCCAAACAAGAUCCGGCAAAAAUGUCGCCUUCGCCAGUGCGAGGUCCGAGCCCGGAAAAUGCUCCGUGUCCGAGAUGAAGAGAUGAGCCGGAGUGGCAGCAGGGGGCGGAGCCUGUCCAUGAAGGGGGCGGGGCGCCUCUCAGAGGACGAUGAUGAAGAGGAGGAGGAGGAAGGGUUUAGUGAAAGCGAGCUGGAACUGUACGAGCAGUACAAAGCAGCAGGAUACAGAGACCUGGUGUGGCACACUGAGGAGGAGGAGGAGGAAGACGCCCAGUCGGACUCACUGAGGAAGAAGGCGGUAAAGGUGAAACAUGUGAAGAGGCGGGACAAGAAGCCAGAGAAAAAGAAGUCUGUUUCCGUUCCCAAAGAGGAGGCCAAACCACGGCGUCACAAAGUGAAGCAGCGCCACAGGGAGCGCGUGCGGCAUAGCGAGCGAGCCGGGGAAGGCGCGGCCAAAGAGGCAGGCGGUGCUAUGAGGCAAUGUUUGGGUCCAGGCUGUGUGGAACCGGCCAGGACCGGUUCCAAGUACUGCUCUGAGGACUGUGGCAUGAAGCUGGCUGCUAACCGGAUCUACGAAAUCCUGCCUCAGAGGAUCCAGCAGUGGCAACAGAGUCCCUGCGUGGCCGAAGAGAUGGGGCGGAGACAGCUGGAGCGAAUCAGGAGGGAGCAGCAGGCCGCCAGGCUCCGCCUCACGCUAAUGGAGAAACGCUUUCAUGAACUGGAAGCCAUCAUUGCCAACGCCAAGCAGCAGCAGGUUCAGCAAGACGAGGAGGUUGCAGAAGGAGAUGGCGAUGACACAGACCUGCAGAUUUUCUGCGUGUCCUGCAGCCACCCCGUAAACCCCAAGGUGGCGCUGCGACACAUGGAGAGGUGCUAUGCUAAGUACGAGAGCCAGACUUCCUUUGGUUCCAUGUAUCCGACUCGCAUUGAGGGGGCAACACGGCUUUUCUGUGACGUCUACAACCCUCAGAGUAAGACCUACUGUAAGAGACUGCAGGUUCUGUGUCCAGAACAUUCCAGAGAUCCAAAGGUAGGUUCCCUCUGAAGAGAACCAUCCUGAUCUACUGAAAAUGAAGAUUGGAUCACGGAUGG